AUGCGAUGUCGUAGGCGCGAGCAGAGGGCACGGGAAGAGGGCAGAGCACACGAACAUUGGACGCAAGCAGAGAGUAGAGAGAAAACGAACAAACUUCGAACAACACCCAACAAGUCUGACAGUGAUGCCGAGCUCCGGGUCGCUGAGCUUGACAGGCAUUCUGGAAAAGGUCGGGCAGUUCAAUACCUACAAUUUAUUGGUAAAAGGAAAAAGGGAUUCACAUGCAUGCCAAAUGCAAAUGCAGAUUUACCGGUCAUGGUACCGAACAAUGUCAGAACUCGUUCAUUUAGCAUAGAAGAGCUGAGGACAGUGACACAGAAUUUCAGCCAAGAGAUCGGUAAAGGAGGUUUUGGAACUGUCUUCUAUGGCAAGUUACUGGAUGGAAAAGAAAUUGCUGUAAAAGCACUAUCCUCUUCAUCGAAGCAAGGAGUAUUAGAGUUCUUAAAUGAGAUUGAUCUUCUCUCAAGAGUGAGUCACAAGAACUUGGUGUGGUUGCUUGGCUACUGCACCUCCUCCAAGGAGCUUAUGCUUGUUUACGAAUACGUGGGUGGAGGAUCACUCAGGGAUCACCUUCAUGGUUCUUUGGCAAACUCCUCUGCCCUAGACUGGAAAGCUAGGAUUCGAGUAGCUCUAGAUGCAGCAGAAGGUACUUCACUUCUGUUCUGUUUAGCAGGAUUAAUAAAGGCUUUUGUAGGUUUUCUUCUUUUCUAG